AUGCCAUCCUCUAGGGAACGCGAAGGUGUUGUUGUCGACCCGGUGGUCGUCGAGGACCGUAUCCGGGAUAGAGAUCGUGACCGAGAUCGCGACCGUGAGAGGGAUAGGGACAAGGAGAGAGAGAGGGAGAGGGAGAAGAGACAUCGUGAGAGAAAGAGCGAGAGGAAGGAUCGUGACCGCGAAAGAGAUGGUGAGAGAGAUAGAGAAAGGGAUAAGGACAGGGACAGAGAGAGAGACAGAGAGAGAGAUCGAGAGAGGCAUAAGGAUCGCGAUCGUGAGAGGGAUAGGGAUCGUGACAGGGACAGGGACAGGGACAGGGGCAGGGGCAGGGACAAAGAGAAACGAGACCGCGACAAAGAUCGAGAUCGAGAUCGCGACGACCGCUCCCGCUCCCGCUCCCGCAACCAUGAAAGAGACAGAGACCGAGACUCCUGCUCGAUCCACCGCCAUCACUCCCAUCGCUCCUCCAAAUCCUCAUCCAAGCUCCGCCCAACCGACAGCGAAGGUCGUUCCCCCUCCGGAACCUCCCGCCGCCACCGACACAAAGAUUCCCUCGAACGCUCCGACACAGACUCCCCUUCCACGGCUUCCAAAUCCCUAACCGACCUCGUCCCCGAGCUCGCGCGCUCCGAGCGUGCUGGUACCCCGAACGUGCCGUAUCCAAGCUUCAGUAAGAACCAUAGCAAAGAAUAUCUCUAUAGCCUGGGAGACAAUGUUCUUAUUGGUGUUGGCAGCACGCCAAACAAUAGGAGGACGGAUCCUCUUACACCGGAUACCACUGAUCUUGGAGGGGGCAGCGAUAUGCGCCGGUCGAAAUCGGUUGGGUGUCAUCCCGCCGCGAGGAGGGUCUCGCCGAUGAGGCAGGAAUUGAGGGGGGAGAGUAGGCCGCCGAGUCCACCGGAUACGGAUGAUUUUUUGGGGCAGCAGCAGCAGCAGCAGCAGAAUGGAGAGGAGAAUUCUGUUUCGCCGACAGGAGGUGUGGAGGGGCAGGAGCAAAGACCGGCUUCGGCAGCGAGCUCGUGGAUUUCAAGAGGGUUGUCGAAGCAUGAGGCAAGGGGAGCAUCGUCAAAGGUGUCAAGGAGUUCGAGUCAGGCGACGUUUGUGUUGAGGCCUGCGCCUUUGGGGAGGGGAUUGAAGGAUGGAGAAGAGGGGAAGCCAGUCAGAUCGGACAUUACGGACACGAGUACCAUCGAGGCACGGUCAACUGCCACUGCUACGAGGAGAAGUCCGUCUACUACGAGGAGACCAUCGGCCGAGAUGGAGGGGGUUGCUGCAGAUGAGAGUGCGCUGGAGCAUUCGACAGUGUCGUCGACCCAGCCCGUGUCACCCCCUCCCCCGCCGGGAGGGUCGGUUCUUCCUGGGGAAAUGGAUCACUACAACACAUCGGAUGUGCACUAUGCGCCUUCUGAUGUGCCAACUGCUUCGGCGGCAUCCACGUUCACGCCGGCGCCUGCCCCGCCCCCUCCGCCACCGCCGCCCCCGCCGCCGUCGUGGAAUCCGCAGGAUCUCCCGAGGGUAGAUUACCUACUGCAGAAUGGAGGCCUACCGCAGCCGGUUCCGAGACAAUUCCUGGCUGUGUUGCCAAGGCCAAACGGUACUCGACCGACGAUCCCUCCGCUGCAAGGAGCUGAGAUACUGUUUGCCCCUUUCUUCGAUCUACUUAACAAGUACCAGACUGUGCUGCAGUGUCAUGGAUCGAUUGCGGUCGCGACGGGGCACAAGAGCAUUGCGAGGAGGUUGCUGGAGAGAUUGGAGAAUGUGUUUUCGAGGGAUCUGCCGGCGGAAGGAUGCCCGUGCAUUCUGUGCGAGCACUCUGGCGAGCCGCAUCGGGGGUUGACGUGGGGAGAGGUUCUCGAGCAGGUGAGCGGGAGGGUUGAGCUCCCUCCUUGGCCGCCGUUCGAUUUCAGCGUUCUCGGGUCCAAGGCGGUCGAGGAACUUGCUGACGCUCCGCCGCGGCCGUCGUCGCCUAUCAAGAUGGACCCCGAUAUCGCGGAGGAGUUUAGAGAGCAUUACAUCCGGCAGACGAAGCGCGUCCGCGCCGCCGUCGACAAGUGGAUGAGCAACUGCGAGAAGACGGUCGCGCCACCGCCGUCGGAAGUGGAUGAUGAGACGCUCGCGUUUGCGAUUCUGACCAAUCUCGACCAGGAAGACCGACCGUAUUUUAAUGCGCUGCUCUCGGGGUCUAAGGAGCUCCAGUCUCCUGUGCGCGCGCCGACGCCAGUGAGAAAAGCCCGGAAUGAGUUUAUUGUUAGGACGGGGUUGGCUUUGCAGAGGCUAUAUCGACUGCCGGUUCCGCCGCGGGAUGCUGAGACGGCGGUGUAUCUUGUUAAAAAUGCUGGCGUGCAUGAUCUGCUGUAUACCAUCUCGGAUAUCUCCAUUUCGGAAUGGGAGAUCCUCACCUCAGGCCGGUUCGACGGGUUCUUGUGGUCAGGCGCAGAAGACGAUGGUAUUAACCUUGGCGAGUCAGCUAUCUCCCGGAUGGCGACGCCAGCAAGCGGGAUGCACCCGGGCACGAGGCUCAUGAGUCCCGGGGCCGGACGUCCCCCUCUCUCAAGAACAACCACGCCGGCGUUUGGCCCACCGCCGGGGAUGUUCUCACGUGGCACCACCCCCGCAAGUUUCAUCUCCAACGCGUCGUCGACCUACCCGUCCAGAGCAGCAGUCACCAACGACGAAGAAGCCGAGGUCGCCGCCCUCGCCGAAGUCGAGCGCGAGAUCUUCAACGGCAUGGAAGCGCUCGAAGACGCCUUCGAGAAGCUCCACGAAAAAGCCAUGGUCGUGCGAGACCUGUUGCGUCGUCGGGGCGCCGCGCUGCAAAUGAGCUUACAACAACGCCGUGGCAGGCCCGCGGGCAUCGAUGUCCUCCCGCUGUCGGGCAGCUCGGGGAUCUAUGACCGCCCGUCGUGGGGGGAUGAUUCUGAUAGUGUCGGCGGCGGACCGGCGGAUAGUGAAUGGGGCUGGGACGAUGGGAUUAGUGAGCUCGCGCCGGACGAUUCGGCCAGUCAGGUGAGUAGUAAUCGGUUUAGGAGGCCGAAGAGACGGCGGGAGAGGGCAACGCCUGCGCCGAUUGAGGAGGAGGAUGAGAUGGUGGGAUGA